AUGUCCGCGGUGCCAGAAGCCGCAGGGGCAGGAGCCGCCGCGGGAGGCGGAUCCGUUCUUUCCCCGUUGGUCGUCGUCUCUUUGGCCACCGUCGUGACUUUGGGGGCUGGAGUCGGCGUCCUCGGCGCGUUUCUCUUCGUCAUUUCUCAACCAGAUGCGGCUGCAAUCAACAAUGAAGGUUCUUGGAUGAAAGUCGAGCUUUUUCAAGUCAAUGUUCAGUGGAGUCGUGGAAGAAGGCGAACAUUUCGCUGGAAGAGAAUACGACCACAGUUUUGGUGGAGACCUCGACAAUAACCUUCAGUAGUACCGUUGGUACCAAUUAUACUAAUGGUAUGUUGGUUUAUGAGCAGUAGAAAAGAAUUUAGAAAGCUUUUUCUUACAGAAAGUCGUAGAACAAGUUUUUUUUUUCUUUUCUUAUGGAAGUGAUGUUUUUCACACUUACUAGUUAGUAAAGAGCGUUAAAAACUGGUUCUGUUACCUCAAACCUCAAUUUUUGUUGCCGGUUUACUUUUUUAGGCUUCGGCUAUAGAAUUAUACUGUUCUAAUCAGUUCCUAUUUCAGCUUCAACUGCGGCAAAUGGACCAGCUCAAGCUUCUUCUUCUUCUACUGUUGCCCCUGGUCCAGUUCCUGGUCCAUUCCCUGGUCCAUCGCCCGGUCCAGCUCAAGCUUCUUCUUCUUCAACUGUCCCUUCUACACCAGCUCGUUCAACAACUGUCACAUCUGGUCCAUCUUCUACACCGACUUCUUCGAAGGCUCCGAAACCAGCUGCAACUUCGUCUUCAACGGCGGCACCUCUCCCAUUUCCGAGUCCGUCUUCAACGGCAGCACCUGAUCCAGCUCAGAGUACGACUCUUAGCACAGUUCCAAAACCAGCACAAAUUCCGACUUCUACUAAAGUUUCGAAGCCUGGUCCCGCUCAAAGCCCGUCUUCUACUGAGACUUCAAAACCUGAUACAGCCCAAAGUUCGACUUCUACUGAAGCUCGAACUCAGCCUUCAACUGCGGCACCUGCUCCAGCUCAGAAACCGACAAAGACUCCGAAACCUGGCCCUGUUCAAGAUCCGACUUCUACUAAAGCUCCACAGCCUGGCCCAGUUCAAAGUCCGACUUCUACUAAGGCUCCAAAGCCUGCUCCAACUCAGCCUCCAACUGCGGCACCUGCUUCAACUCCAAAACCUGCUCCAACUGCGGCUCCUAUUUCAACUCAGAAACCGACAAAAGCUCCAAAUCCUGCUCCACCUCGGCCUCCACCAUCGGCACCUGGUCCUGCUCCAAACCCAAUUCAGCCUCCAACUGCGGCACCUGCUCCAGUUCAGAAUCCGACAAAAGCUCCAAAGCCUGCUCCCCCUCAGCUUCCACCAGUGGUACCUGGUCCUGCUCCAAACCCGACGAAGGGUCCAAAACCAGCUCAGGCGCCAACUGCGGCUCCUGGUGCAGCGCAAAAUCAAGCUCCAACAGCGGCUCCAAUUGAGAAGUUGGUGCACAUUUUAUCUUCAUUAGGCAUCUGAGCUUUUAGUUGUCCUUUAAGUGAUUUUGAGGCAUCUUCGAAGGAAAUGUCAAAAAAAAAGCUUUCAUGACUUUUAAUAUUCCAGGGACCCCACAAAGAAGACAACGAUUGCCUCGAAAAAACCAAAGCUACCUUAG